UGCGCUCCACAGGAGAGGGAUAUAACCAGGGAAUGUCUGGAUGUGGUUAUGGGGUGAGUCUUCCAGCUAACACCAUGCCUUUAUUCCAUAGCCACAUACGGUGGCUGGAUCUGGACAUAAUUAUUACCAAAAGGCAGAUUUAUAAUAAGUGACUGGGACAGACACCAUGGCCGCUGUGGAGGUGCUUCUCUCCGUCUUGAUGCUAGUCAUUAUCGUAGUGUCUUUGCUGUCCAACGCCGUGGUGCUGAUCUGCUUUCUGUACAACCCACAGAUCAGGAAGCAAGUGCCCUGUGUGUUCACCCUCAACCUCACUUUUUGUAACUUGUUGCUGACCGUUUCCAACAUGCCUCUAACUCUGGUGGGUCUCGUCAACAAGGGUCAGCCCGGAAGUGACGCCUUCUGUCAGUUGGUCGGCUUCUCGGAGACGUUUUUAACCACUAAUUCGAUGUUGAGCAUGGCCGCUCUGAGCAUCGACAGGUGGAUCGCUGUCGUGUUCCCGUUGAGGUACCACUCUAGAAUACGACAUAGAGAUGCCGCUCUCGUGCUCGGAUACACGUGGAUACAUUCUAUGUCUUUUUCGACAGCGGCUGCUUGCCUCUCGUGGGUGGGAUCGUCCGCUUACGCGUCGUGCACGCUCUCCGACGUGACGGACAACAGUCAGACUCCGUUUGUUGUCUUUACUGUGGUGUUUCACUCCCUCACCUUUCUCCUGUCCUUUCUAGUCCUGUGCGUCACAUACCUGAAAGUGCUGAAGGUGGCAAGGUUCCACUGUAAACGGAUAGACGUUAUCACAAUGCAAACUUUAGUGCUGCUUGUGGAUAUUCACCCAAGUGUUCGAGAGCGUUGUCUGGAGGAGCAGAAGAGGAGGAGACAGAGAGCAACCAGGAAGAUCAGUACCUUCAUCGGCACGUUCAUGGUCUGCUUUGCUCCCUACGUCAUCACCAGGAUUGUGGAGUUAUUUCCGUCCGUGCCUAUCGAUCACCGCUGGGGAGUGGUCUCCAAGUGCCUGGCCUACAGCAAGGCGGCCUGCGACCCCUUCGUCUACUCCCUGCUCCGUAACCAGUACAAGAAGACGUGUGGUGACAUCAUCAACAGGCUGCUGAAGCCCAGCUCUAUGAAUGCAUCUGGACCAGGUCACCACGACAACCAUGAGACUAGGGGGAGGAACAACACAGUCCAGACUGCAGCAGACUGAGGAAGGGGGUUGUGUUAUUGUCUAAGGGUUGGUACUCUAUGUUCAGACUGAGACCGGGGGUUGUGUUACUGUCUAAGGGUUGAUAGUCUAUGUUCAGACUGAGGAAGGGGGUUGUGUUACUGUCUAAGGGUUGAUACUCUAUGUUCAGACUGAGGCAGGGGGUUGUGUUACUGUCUAAGGGUUGAUACUCUAUGUUCAGACUGAGGCCGGGGGUUGUGUUACUGUCUAAGGGUUGAUAGUCUAUGUUCAGACUGAGGAAGGGGUUGUGUUAUUGUCUAAGGGUUGAUACUCUAUGUUCAGACUGAGGAAGGGGGUUGUGUUAUUGUCUAAGGGUUGAUACUCUAUGUUCAGACUGAGAAAGGGGGUUGUGUUAUUGUCUAAGGGUUGAUACUCUAUGUUCAGACUGAGGAAGGGGGUUGUGUUACUGUCUAAGGGUUGAUACUCUAUGUUCAGACUGAGG